AUGUCUGGCGUUGGCACGACUGUAGUCGAUGGCAUUCAGGAAAUUUCAGCACUUUUACCCCUUCUCGGGAGCGAGCAAUGUGAAGAACAUGUUGGGUCUGCACUUUACAAAGGAUUCAUUUAUGUCUGCAUUUCCCCCAUAUCAAUCUUCGGAAGCCUUGGCAUAGUGAAGGCAGGAUUCAACGUUUUCCUCGCAAGUCUCAACAUCCAACCGAUGCGCUUCCUCGGUGCAAAGAAAUUGAUAGAUGGCGGAUUUCGUCCCAAAGGAUCCGUAGCGCCCUUGAUUGCUCUGGAUCCUGAGCAUCCAAAUCGAUUUUUGGUGGAAAGCAAGUUGGAGAAGAUGCUGGCCGAUGAAAAUAUUGACAAUGUGGGGAACUUGACCGUUUCAUGGGACGAAGGGAAUUUGAUGUGGAACCUCAAGCUUGUGCUGUUCACACUACUUAGCGCGCCGCUCGGACUGGCACCCUACCUAUUUUUUAUCCUCAAACCUCGCGAUCUUGAGACAAGCACCGAUCCUUUUCUGCUUGCAGGUUGGGGUUUUCCAAUCAUACGCAUACUGGGAUCGAUUCGGGUCCUUGUUAUCAUCCGAAUGCGAUUACUCUUCAUGUCAGUCGACCGCAUCGCAAAGGAUAUGAAUAUCAACCUGGAGUCAAAAUUUCACAAUCUGUCAUGGAGCUCCCAUUUGACAUCCGAAACUUGCAUAUGGGGUCUUCAAGAUUGGUUGAAGAUAUACGCCGAUGAGGAGACCAACGGGACCAAUAUCAAACGUUGUUUUGAGGCCGCGCGACGCAGACAGUUUCCCCCACAGUCGCGACUAACCAAAUUCAUUCGGCCAUCCGCUGACUUCACACUCCACAUCCUCCUUGCCAUUGGACUCAUUCUUUCGGUGAUCGGUUACAUCGGAUGCUUCAACCUUGUUUCAAACGCAUCUGAUACCUCGGCUGGGCCUGUGGUGUGGGUUGCACUGGAGGCCUUGCUCUCCGUUCUCAGAAUUGUCGUGUGGGCAUUUAACCCUUCCUGGGACGAUUCAAAAGGAAUCACGUUCAAUCUAAGGCUCGCCUCUCAUUCGCCUUUGAUAACCUGCAACAAAUCGGAUGACGACAUCAAAGAAGAUGGCGUCGUUCCAGUUGACAGGAGCACCACUUUCCUUGAAGAAAUAGUCGCCUACACAGGGCCUUUACCGUCCUUCAACUGGAACAAUAUCGCAUUGUAUUAUAUCCUCACGGCUGAAGAUGCGCCCUCCCCGUGUCCGCCAAAUGCUACUUUACAUGCGAUCCUCUAUGUGGUUAUUAGCGACUACAAAGAACAAACCUGCCGCGCCCUCACAAAACGGCCCGGAGAUGACCACCCGUUCGACAUCUACGUCGCGUCUCUCGAGUCGGAUCGUAGAAGUACCGUUGUCAAUCUCAAGUUUAAGACAACAAACGACGGGAAGCGUGUGCUCACAACUCCAAAGACCCACUCUCUGACCGCAGACACGCGAUUUAUGGAGGAACUGGCACGGCAUUAUGAUAAGAUUAUCGCGCAGCUUCGGAAGAGGAAGAAGAUUGUUGGAUUUCGCACCACAUGGGAUUUGCGCAGACCCAGUGAGACGACCUUGAAGAGGGAGGAUCUGGAAGAAGAUGAAAUGUCCGUGUCUGUGGUAGUGGUGGAUGGCAAGCAGGGAUCUCAGCUCGGGGAAACGAUAGGCGAGAAAGAGACCCAUUCCAAGGACAAGAUUGAGGAACAUGACUCAAACAAAAGUGAUAUUGAUCAUCAGGAAGUUGAGGAGAAGGAAAAGUCAAACGAAGGCCACUCGGGCAUUGAGGAGCAUGAGGGAGACAGGAUCGAGGAGAAACACGAGGGAGAGAAUACAGAAGAAGUGGAGGAUCAGAAAGAUCAGGAAGACAAAGGGGGUGGGGAAGACAGCGAGGGAGGAGCUGAAAGAAAUGUUGAGGACGGAGAAGAGGAGGAUGAAAAACGGGAGGAGGGAGAGGAGGAGGGAGAAUGGGAAGACGGAGAGGAGGAGGGAGAGGAGGAGGAAGCAAAGGAAGAGGAUGAAAGUCAGAAGAAGGCUGAGGGUUCUGUACAUACCUCUUUGGUGUCCAGUGACCCGAAACGACUAUCUGGAGAGUACCCAACGCGGUUGGUUUUACAACUAACACCCGAAGAUGUUGUCUACAUCCGCCAAGGCCAAGUCGAGAGGCGAUGGCGCGAAUUAUACAACCGUCUAGAAGAGUGGGUCGAGAUGUUCGUCGGGCUCUACAGCGAAGAGUUAUUGCAAGACGUACCUGCCGAUCUCACAUUUGCACCAGGCGAAUCCGUAUCAAUAAUUCAGAAAUACGAAGCUAAUGAGGCUGAGUACCUUCUCAUCGAAUGCCGAACUCAAAUGGAACACCUUUUGGCUGGUAUUGCCAUUAAAUGGGACUCUUUCGUACAUGCCAACCACGUACAAAUGGUCAAAUCUAUCCUGGAGAACACUUUCCCCGAAAGUGAAACCAAAAUGGCAAGUAACGAAGACAAGUGGCUCGACGACGACGUAAAGCAUUAUUUGAGGAGCAGAAGGGAGAAACUACGCGGCAGAUUGCUCUCUGAAUGGCAGAGGCUUGCGCAAUCCACCACGAGGUCCAGAGUCGAGGCAAUGCGGGCUCGUAUUGACAUUCAUAGCAAGUCUUGUCGGCAAAGAAUAUCAAGAAGAAAAUACCAUGAUCCUGAAUCGGAACAUCUUCUCGGAAUCUGGAAUAACCGCCUGCAACGUGUGGAUGAACAAAUAUCAGUAUCGGGGAAUCAGUUGCUUCAACCUGGAGACAAUGAGCACCCUGCUCUUAGUACCGCCGUGGGUGACCAAGCCAUCGACACCGACACAUAUCUGGUCAAUCCUCAGUACCAGAAAGACAUGGAAGAACGAUUGAAUAAAGGAGCCCAUGAACUCCAACGAAUUCAAGAGGAAUCACAAUCAACUUCCUCGAUUGAUUUGGUGUCCGAUUUUAAUCGAAUGAAGGAUAGAUGUCGGAAGAGGGCACAGCAGCUGUUUUCCAAAAUGAAGGAUCAAUCGGACGACUUUAUGACGCUGGAUAAUAGUGAAUACCUUACAUCCGAUGUUCACAGCACAAGGGCAUACUGGAGUAAAGAUGCUUUGCAGGAACGACGACGCUUAAUGGAUCGGUCACACAAAAAUCUAGUGGUUUCCGAUGCUUCGGUCAACAAUGUUGGGGGAGCGGCAAACAUGAUUCGUGCGUUGAAAAUCAGCCAAGAGUUUGUCUUCAUCGACUUCGAGUCAUCGAAACUUAGCUCGAAAGAUGUCACGCAAGUUGUAAAAGGACUCAAAUCCCUGUCAGGUGUAACAUUCCGUUCACCGGAUGGCGGUCGAGCAAUUCAAGGCGCAGUGCUCCAGAACGUGCGAGCUGCCAUGCGUCAACAUAAAGAUACUUGCUUCUACCAGAACGUAUAUGCCACCGACUACUACAGGAAAGGCCGCCCAUACAUUGUGUUCCCUUAUCCCAAAUGGUCGAGUUGUACUGUCAUAUUCAAUGUCCAGGAAGAGAAGGACUAUAUUCUCACUUUGAAACACUGCAUGACUACGUCCGCUGCCUUGGUGGACAUCGAUCUCAACGAUCACAUCCUCGAGCGCACAUGGGGAUUAUCUCAAGAUUCUAAAGACUUCCUUGUUGAUGAGGAUAUAUUCCUUCCAGCCGCCCAUGUCAAGACCAAUGAACCAAACGUCCUCACCAUCAAGCUAGCUGAUGAUAGUAAGGCAGUCUACUGGCUAUCCGAUGUCUUCUUGCCUGUUCGUCCUAGUAGUAGUACUCCCAAGAAGACCAGUUAA